UGGAUUUCACUUCACGUGUACACAGUGGUAUACGAGGGCGUGAGUUCAGACGAGGUAAGAGUUGCAGAGUAUCACUUUUGUGCGGUGAGACACCGGGUUAUUCUACAGCGAAUGCACUGAACAGAGAACGUUUGUUUUUCCUCUUCACAGAGCAGAAGAGGGAUCGUGUUAGCAGAGUCAAUAGGUGGGGGGAAUUUGCAUCUUUCCUACGGAUGAUGUCUCCGAUGAAGUCGCUACCCCACGGGCUGCUAAUAGGAUUAGUGUUAGUGUGUUUGUUUGUUCAGGAACCCGUGAACGGAGAGUCCUCGGAAAAGGACUUCGAGUUUGAUGAUGUUCAAGUUGUAGUCCAGAAGAGAUCAACUGCAAACACUUUGAAAGAUGAUGAGGAUUUUUUACAAGAUGAAGGAUCCGGUGAUGUGGAAGGGAGUGGAACUGGGGGUGUGAUACCCCCCACAGUACCAGAAUUUUUCCGAUGUGUGAUGAACAUUACAAGUAUAUUGUACAGAGAUGAACUAGGGGACAGCUCAUCAGCUGCCUUCAGGGAAUUGUCUGGUAAAGUGGCCUCAGCUGUAAAACUUUUGUUUGAUAAAGUUCCAGGACAGCAAACUGUGGUUGUUCUCCAGUUCAGCCCAGGAUCUCUGAUGGUAACAUUUGACCUAGGAUCACAAGGAUUUCAGGAUCGCUCUGCCUUAUUCAAUACUUUAAACAAUGCCUUGCAGAGUGGAGUUAUUUCCCCUUUCACUGUGAGCCCUGUUGGAUUCGAGUUUAGACCUUUACAAGAUGGCAGCGUUUGUCCGUCAUAUGUUGGAAGAGACCCAGAACCUCUACCUAGAAUUGGGGACAAUAGAGCGAACUUCCUUAUCAACAAUAUCUUUCCAUGUCGUGGCUAUGUUAUUGCCUGGCAGUAUUAUAGAAUCAUACCACGAUACUCGGGCUAUGUGGGAAUCUGGCGACAAACAGAUGAUUAUAAAUUCACCCUUAUUGGAAAAACAGAGCUACCUACAAUUAACACUGUUGGAAACAUCACUGUGACACUUCCUACUCCCAUCCUGGCAGAGAAGGGUGACUUCAUUGGUGUGUUUUAUUCCCGGGCAGCAGAGGAAGGUGUGGUGGCCAGUGCCAAUGAUGAGACCCAAGGUAUUUCCAUCAGGGAACUCUACACAAACUACUAUGCUGCUGCCUAUGAUGGAGACUUCACUGUAGGAUCGGAGUUUAACUUGGAAAAAACCACUUUUGAAGAAACUAAAGCUACUUUUGCUAUCAAAGCAAUUAUGGACUAUACCUCCAUAGGAAAUGUUCCAAAACAAUGUCUACCUGAUCAAUUCCAAUGUGCCAGUGGUGAAUGUAUAGAUGCAAUAUUCAAGUGUGAUAGCCAGGAUGACUGUUUUGAUGGAUCCGAUGAAAAGAACUGUCCUGUUACUGUCUGCAGAGAAGAUGAGUUCAGGUGUAGUGACAAUAGACAGUGUAUUCCAUUAGCCUUCAGGUGUAACCUCCAGCGGGACUGUGUAGAUGGAAGUGAUGAAGAAAGAUGUGCCAAGACGUGUACGACUGACGAAUUCCAGUGUAGUGACGGAGCAUGCAUCAGCCAAACCUAUAGAUGUGAUGGAGUGCCUAAUGAUUGCCCUGACAACUCAGAUGAAACUCUCUGUGAUGGUGCACCUCAAUCCUGUCCUGAAGGCCUGCUACGAUGUGAUAAUGGUGAUUGUGUUAAUGGAAAGAGAUGUGAUGGACUGCCAGAGUGUCGGGACGGCUCAGAUGAAAGCAACUGUGAAACCAGCACCAUUCCGCCAACUCUUACUCCAGAAAUCUGCACAGCUGAUCAGUUUAGGUGUGAUGAUGGCAUGUGUAUCCCUGAUGACUUAAUAUGUGAUGGAACUCCAGACUGUGAUGAUAGAUCAGAUGAAUUUCUGUCCCUUUGUGGAGCUACUGCUUUAUGCCCUGAGGGACAGUUUAAGUGUGACAAUGGGGAUUGCGUGGGGGCAGAUGCACCAUGUAAUUUGGUCCGAGACUGUGCAGAUGGUUCAGAUGAGGCGGUCAAGAAUUGUGGUCCACGAGUUCAGCUUGAGAUAACAAAAUCACAGCAAGUUUAUAAUGAAGGAGAGACUGCAAUCUUUGACUGUGCUGCUACAGGAAAUAUUGGCGUUACAAUUCGAUGGAAAACCAAGGAUGGGCCUUUACCUGCAAAAGCUGUACUACAGAAUGGAAGACUGUCUAUUCCUAAUGUGACCAUCGGUGAUGUGACUGAUUACAUUUGUUAUACUGACACAGUUCCAGGGGUGGAAGAGGUUGUGGUCGACCUUCUUGUCAUACCAGCAUGUAGAGCUGACCAGGUACCUUGCUCUGAUGGGUCCUGUGUAGACAGAACUUAUCUGUGUGAUGGCUAUCAGGAUUGUCUUGAUGGAGCUGAUGAGAAAAACUGCUCUACCACUAAAGACUGCCCCCAGGGUCAAUAUAAAUGUGAUGACAGCACCUGUGCACCACCUGGAUCCAACUGUGAUGGCAAAGUUGACUGUGGAGAUGGUAGUGAUGAAUUCCCUAGAUAUUGUGGUUGUCGGAUUGGAGAAUAUAUGUGUGCAGAUGGAAAGCAAUGUAUAUCUAAGCUAGAGGAAUGUGAUGGAAGAAUUAACUGUCCAGACAGAUCGGAUGAGCAUGCCAAUUGUACUGUAACCUGUCGAACCGACGAGUACACAUGUAGGAGUGGACAGUGUAUUGACCGGGAUCGGCUGUGUGAUGGAUACCCAGACUGCACAGAUCGGUCAGAUGAGGAGGACAGAGCUUGUCGAAAAUGUGACAGUGCUUCCCAGUUUACGUGUCGUUUUGAUCAUCAGUGUGUAAAUGUCUCGAUGGUUUGUGAUGGUUUUGCCGACUGUGUAGAUAGGUCAGAUGAGAUGAAUUGCCCUUGUUCUAAGACCAGUGAGUUUACGUGUGCCAGUGGGCAGUGUAUUGACAUUCGAAAGCAAUGUGACAGAAUCAAAGAUUGCUUUGAUGGCUCUGAUGAAAGUGGAUGUAGCUGUCGUUCUGAUGAAUUCACUUGCAUUUCGGAUGGAAAGUGUGUUCCACGAACUGAUCGUUGUAACAGACGUCGAGAUUGUCAAGAUGGUAGUGAUGAAAGUGACUGUCCUUGUUCUAAGACCAGUGAGUUUACGUGUGCCAGUGGGCAGUGUAUUGACAUUCGAAAGCAAUGUGACAGAAUCAAAGAUUGCUUUGAUGGCUCUGAUGAAAGUGGAUGUAGCUGUCGUUCUGAUGAAUUCACUUGCAUUUCGGAUGGAAAGUGUGUUCCACGAACUGAUCGUUGUAACAGACGUCGAGAUUGUCAAGAUGGUAGUGAUGAAAGUGACUGUCAAGGAGAGAACUGUAGCCCCUUCGAGUUUCUGUGCACAGUGGGGGGCUGUGUGGAAUCCAUCAAACAAUGUGAUGGUUAUUUUGACUGCCCUGACGGCUCUGAUGAGUUUCUGUGUACCUCACCCACCACUAUUGCGCCCACAGAACGACCCCUCAUCAUCACAAUCUCGCCCCCCAGUCUGAGACUGAGGGAGGGACGGGAGGCACGAUUUAGAUGUCAGGCCAGUAGAAAUGUUCCACUUAGCUGGAGCCGCCGAAGCAACAAUGGGUCCUUGCCUUAUCGGGCCUCAGUAGAGAACGACAUUCUGACCAUUCCAGAACUUCAGCCACUGGACUCCGGAUCGUACAUUUGUACAGUAGUAGGACAGGAACAAAGAUAUUUUGCCAUCGCUACACUGGAUGUACAGUCAUUGGUUCCUCCAACUCUCCCUCCCACUGGAAUCUGUCGACCAGGAGAGGCGGUGUGCCAGAACCUGCAAUGUAUCAAUGCUGAUUACAGAUGUGAUGGUGAUAGAGAUUGUGAAGAUGGAUCAGAUGAAGACCCCUCUCUCUGCAAUUUUGACAAAUUGUGCGAACCAAAUGAAUUUAAGUGUGCUAACGGAAGAUGUGCCAUGAAGAUCUGGCGAUGUGAUGGAGACAAUGAUUGUGGCGAUGACUCUGAUGAACAAAAUUGCCCCACCAGGGGUAUUGGAGAUCGCUGUGAUGCCAAGGAAUACCAGUGUACUUCUGGAGACCAGUGUGUCCCUGCCUCAUAUCAAUGUGAUGGAGAAAUUGAUUGUCAAGACAGAUCAGAUGAAAUCGGCUGUGCUGCACCAUCAAUUAACAUUGCCCCUCCCCCCAACAUAGAGGUGGAAGUAGGAGGAUAUUUCACCAUUAUAUGUGAGGCUGUGGGUACUCCAACCCCUCUAAUUGUGUGGAGGUUAAACUGGGGCAACAUUCCUUCUGGAGACAGAGUGUAUGUUUCCAGCAUUAAUGGACGUGGUAAUCUUACCAUCACAGAUGCACGAGUGGAGGACUCUGGGGCUUACACAUGUGAAGCCAUUAAUGUGAAAGGAAGCAUAUUUGCGUCCCCCGAUGCUAUUAUUAUCGUGAGACGUACACCACAGGGCAUAUGUGAACCUCCCAAAUUCAAUGUAGAAGCCUCCAUCAACACAGACUGCCUCAACUGCUUCUGUUUUGGACACACUACCCAGUGUUAUAGUUCUGAUUUACAGAUUUCAAAGAUUGAUCUAGUUGGUGAAUUGAAAAUGGUGAAUUUGAACUCAUCCUUGCCAAUUGAUGAGCGUUAUGUUGAGUACCUGCCAACUGGAGAAUAUGGUGGCUUCUACCAGGUGGGAGACGGACUAAGAUUGGUGCCCCCUGGAAUCUACUACUGGUCGCUUCCUGGAGAAUUCUUAGGGGAAAGGCUUACAAGCUAUGGAGGAACCUUGCAUUAUGAUAUUUACUAUUCCCUUGGGAGAGAUCAGUCCAAAAUUUUAGACCAAGCUGAUGUGAUAAUGAGAGGCAACGGCAUUACAAUCUACCACAGAUCAUCCACCAUUGCUGUCCCAGAGGGUAAAACUCGCUUUGAAGUUCCAUUACUGCCUAGUGCUUGGACAAAAGGGGACAUGCCUCGUAGAGGAGAUACGCCAGUCCUGGAGUAUGCUACCAGGGAGGACCUCAUGAUGGUGCUUGAAAACUUGGAGUACAUCUAUGUCAGAUCUCACUAUGACUCCAGCAUGGCACUUACCAGGAUAGGUAAUAUAGAGCUGAGCAGUGGUGUAAGGGAGACCACAGGCUUGGGCAGAGCUGUUUAUGUGGAGAAAUGUGAAUGUCCCCCGGGCUACUCGGGACUUUCUUGUCAGGAUUGUGCCCCUGGUUACACAAGAGUACAACAAGGUCCAUACCUGGGGAUCUGUACAAGAUGUAACUGUUAUGGACAUUCAGCUGACUGUGACCCACUCACUGGAACUUGUAGAUUCUGUGAUCACAACACUGAAGGCAGACAAUGUGAGCGUUGUGCCACUGGUUUCUAUGGAGAUGCCAAACUUGGAACUCUUGAUGCUUGCAAACCCUGCCCCUGUCCUCUAACCACUCCCACAAACCAGUUCAGUGAAACUUGUGUCCUGAAUUCUGAUGGCAGACCAACAUGCACAGCCUGUAAGCCAGGUUAUAUUGGAAGAAACUGUGAGAGAUGUGCUACAGGAUACGUAGGCCGACCAAACAUCGUUGGAAACUAUUGUCGCAAAGUGAACUUACCAGAUAUUUGUGACUCUAGAGGCAGCUACAGCAGACAGCCUGAUCCUGUAACAGGGUGUAGAUGUAAGUCCAAUGUUGUCGGAAAGAAUUGUGAUCAGUGUCGUGAGAAUACAUUUUACUUGGAUGCUGCCAAUCCUUUUGGCUGCCUGCGAUGUUUCUGUAUGGGAGUCACCAACCAAUGUACCAGUACCUCUUGGAAUAAAGCCCAGAUUGGAGCCACAUUUACAAGAAAUAGUAAUGACUUUGUCCUGACAGAUCUGCUUCAGAGAGAGACAAUAUCAGAUGGUUUCACUGUUAACAGCAAUGUGAGGGAAUUGGGCUAUAGGAGAUUCAAUAACCAGAAAGAUACUGUUUAUUACUGGUCUCUUCCAAAGCGUUUCCUUGGAGACAAGGUAAUUUCUUAUGGAGGUUAUCUGAAAUUUGUGCUGGUUUACAGACCUGGACAAGAUGCCUCACCCAGUGAACUUGAUGGUCCGCUUGUAGAACUGAUUGGUAAUGGGGUAACUUUGAUUCAUAACUCUACACAAGAACACCGACCAAACACUCCUAUGUCCUACAGGGUCCCAUUCACAGAGAAUGCAUGGACUGGGCUGGAUGGCGCAGCAACAUCCAGGGAGUUUUUGUUGAUGGCGCUGGCAGACUUGAAUGCCAUACUGAUCAGAGCCACCUUCACUAAGGACACCGAUCAGUCUAGUAUUAGAGAUGUGGUCAUGGAUAUCGCAGAAGACAGGGUCACAGGUCAAGGUCGUGCAUCAACAGUGGAGCAGUGUCAGUGUCCCAGAGGCUACAAAGGGCUGUCAUGUGAGGACUGUGAUGUGGGUUAUACCCGCAGUGGCAGUGGUACAUAUCUUGGGACUUGUGAACCAUGUCAAUGUAAUGGCCAUUCCAGUGAAUGUGACCCGGAUACUGGACGUUGUAGGAACUGCCAACAUAACACAGAUGGAGAGCAAUGUGAACGUUGUGCCACUGGUUUCUAUGGUGAUGCCACCAGGGGAACUCCUAGUGAUUGCCAGCCAUGUCCUUGUCCCCUAACACAGCCACCAAAUCAAUUCAGUCCUACAUGCGAGUUGGCAAGAGAUGGACAAGUAAGAUGUACAGCUUGCCCAGCUGGACACACAGGACGUAGAUGUGAAAGCUGUAUUCAGGGAUACUCAGGAAACCCAAUGCAGCAAGGCGACUACUGCAAAAUCUCUACUGGUCCAAAUUGUCAGUGUGACAGUCGUGGAAUUGUCCCAAACACCCAGUGUGAUGCCUUGACAAAGCAAUGUCAGUGUAAAGCAAAUGUUCGAGGACAAAGGUGCAGCUUUUGUAAAGAAAGCUACUUUCAUCUAAGUGAGGAAAAUUCGCAGGGAUGUUUAGCUUGUUGGUGCUCGGGGGUAGCCAGACAGUGUAGUUCAUCUGCCUUUUAUAAAGACAGGAUUUAUCCGAAUUUCUCUGGAGCUGACACACACAACUUUGUAUUGACGAAUCGUCGCAUGAGUAACUCCAUCACAGAUGGGUUUGUCGUCAACACUGACAGAAAUGAGAUUAUCUUCAACCAGUUUACCGGAAUUCAAAGGGAACGAGAGAGUCUAUUCUUCAGUCUUCCUCCAAAAUUCAGAGGAAAUAAAGUGACUUCCUAUGGAGGCUUCCUGAGCUUUACACUGGAGACUGUCGUGGCAUUGGAUGGAGGUGCUACUUUUAGAGAUGUGGACAUUGAAAUUAUUACUCCUGGCCAGCGACAGAGAAUGUAUUACUUGUUUAAUCCACCUUCCCAGCCAUAUCAACCAGAGACAUACAAAAUCCACCUUGUUGAGAGCUCAUUCAGAAUGCUUGAUGGUACAUCACCUACACGAGAAACGUUUAUGUCUGUUCUGUCCAACAUUGAGGCCAUUCUGAUCCGAGCCACUUACCACUCUAUCAUGGGUAGUGCCUCCCUGCGUGAUUUGUACAUGGACACGUCAUCCUCCAAUCCUACAACAUUUGGUCGCAUGCCACAAGUGGAAAGCUGUCAAUGCCCUGAGGGCUAUACUGGUUCAUCAUGUGAGCAAUGUGCCCCAGGGUACCUCCUACAGGAAGAUGGAGUGGGUAGGAGAUGUACAAGAUGUAGCUGUAACAACCAUGCAGACUCCUGUGAUCCUCGCACUGGACAAUGUUUGAAUUGUCAGCACAACACGGUGGGUGACCGGUGUGAGAGAUGUGAUGAGGGAUUCUAUGGAGAUGCAACUUCAGGAACUGCCUCAGAUUGUAGACCAUGCCCAUGUCCUCUUACUGUUCCAUCAAAUCAAUUCUCUCGGACAUGUCGACUAGAUACAGACGGAUUGCCAACCUGUGUUAGAUGUCCUGAAGGAUACCUGGGGAGGGAUUGUGGAACGUGUGAUGCUGCUAGAGGUUACACGGGAAAUCCUAGAGAAAUUGGUGGAUUGUGUACUGCUGGAGCGACUUUAGAACCUGUGGUGGAGGCCAGUCCACUGAGGGUAGAGGAGCCUGUGGGACACACUGUUAUCUUUACCUGCGAGGUCACCGGUUCAGGCCCAUUCAAUGUCGUAUGGACACGAGCAAAUCGCCAGCCACUUCCAUUGAGAGCCAACAUAAGCCCUCGUUACACCCUAACUAUAAGAGAUCUGGUGCAGACAGACUCUGGACAGUACAUCUGUACUGCCACCAACAGACAUGGAAGCACCCGAGGCAUUGUCACACUGCAGGUCACAGGCCGUGAACAACCUAUCCGGGUGAGAAUUGAUGAACCAACAUCUGCAGUCAAAACCCAAGGACAGUCAGUUAGAUUUGUCUGCACAGCAUCUGGAUCAAACACAAUGACGUAUAUCCUGGCUUGGUCCAAACAAGGUGGCAUCUUACCGUCUAAAGCCACAGAACGAAAUGGUGUAUUGGUGAUCCCCAAUGUUCAGCCCGAGGAUGCAGGAUCUUAUGUCUGCACUGGUUCAGACAUUAUGUCCACAGAUACAGCCAUUGCUGUUCUGACUGUUAGUGCCACAGAGACUGCUCCAGAAAUCAGAAUUGAGCCCCGUUUCCAGACAGUAAAAGAGGGUCAGGAAAUGGAAUUCCGUUGUUUGGCUGUGUCUGGUCGACCAACUCCCACCUUGGAAUGGAGAAGGAAGGGGGGUAGAUAUCCAAUGAAUUCAGAGGCAACUUUUAAUAAUGGUGUCUUCCGAAUUCCUGUUGCUCUGCAGUCUGAUGAGGGAGAGUACUACUGUAAGGGAACAAAUGUUGCCGGGAUGUCAGAGAUACGUACCAUUCUGUAUGUUCAAAGAGAUGAGAACAAACCAGAAGUAAUUGUGUUGGUGAGACAGGUUAAUGUUGUUGCUGUGGUGGGUACCACCGCUGAGCUAGUGUGCUACGUUGAUGGAGUACAAACACAAUUAGUUUGGUCACGUUCUGGUGGUCUCCCACCGGGCUCCACGCAGAGGGGCGGAGUCCUGUCCAUUCCCAAUAUCCAGCCAUCGGGUGAUGGGCGUUACAUCUGUACUGCAGUUACACCCACUGGGGACAAAGGCACUGUCACUGCCACGAUUACAGUCCAGACAGGGAGCAUUGCUGUGAGACCAACUGCGACAAUCGAUGUACCAAGCCAAAGACUGAAUGUAGACCAGGGGUCUACAGCCACAAUCAGAUGUGUGGUCACUGGGGAGCCCCAACCUACAGUCACUUGGAGUAAGAGCCGAGGAGUGCUCACAGACAGGCACAGGGUCACAAGAGGAACUCUGAGAAUUGUUGGAGCACAAAUGGAAGACCGAGGAAUUUACAUCUGUGUGGCUGAGAACACAGCAGGGUCAAGUCAAGCUUGGGUUAUUGUGGAGGUCUUGCCUCGAGAAAAACCAGUGAUAACUUUGUAUCCCAAGGACAGUGCCACAGCUACUGUUGGAGGCAGUGCCAUGUUUGUGUGUAGAGCUUCAGGAGAACCCAAACCAACAGUCACAUGGACUAGGGCUGGAGAUGAAGCAUUUGUGAGUGGUACUACAGAAAUCAAACAAGAUGGUGUCCUAAUGUUCAGCAGAGUGACUGGCGCUGAGCAGGGCAGUUAUACAUGUACAGCCACCAAUUCAAUGGGAUUCAUCAGUGCUUCUGCUACGCUCCUCAUAGCAGGGCCACCCAGAGUAGUCAUUCAGCCCAGUAGAACUGUUUAUGCAGUCAUCGGACAGAGAAUCUCUUUGGAGUGUGUUGCUCAGGGUGUUCCAACUCCAAGUGUUUACUGGCGAUACGAAUCAUCACCGGACAGGGGAGACUUGCCUGUGUCAUCAGUCGACUCUGCCCUUAAAACAGGCUCAGCCACUCUCACCAUAGAGUCUGUCUCCAAUGUAGACACUGGCAACUAUGUGUGUGUUGCCACAAAUGAUGCAGGUUCUGUAGAGGAGACAGCUCAAAUCAUAGUUCGUGACGAGAACCCCAAUGUGCCAGGUGUUACUAUUGAUGGCCCCCAGACAAGGUCUGCUACAGAAGGACAGUCAGUUACUCUCAGAUGUGAAACACAAGGCCUAACUAAUGCUGUUGUGCAGUGGAGGAGAAGGGAGGGUCCCUUACCCCCCAAUCACAGUAUCCAGGGAGGAACCCUUUACAUUCCACGCUUCCAAAGAGAGUAUGCUGGGGAAUACAUCUGCACUGCUACCACACCAGUCAGAAACUACGAGACCUCGAUUUUCAUAAUUGUGACAGUGACCCCCAAAUUGAGCAUCUCGCCAGCCCAAGUAGAAGCUAGAGCAGGUCAGACUGUGCAGCUCAGAUGUCAGCCUCAGGGCCAGGGACCAUUCAAUAUCGAGUGGGUGAAGAUUGGUGGAGUAUUGUCUCCUUCAGCCACCCAGACCGCUGAUGGUAUCUUGGAGAUUCGUAGGGUGUCUGCUGCUGAUGCCGGGAGGUACCGCUGUGUGGCAACAAAUUCCGCAGGAUCUUCAGAUGGCAUUGCUGUUGUUAGAGUGCAGGUACCACCUAGAAUAGUUGUUUCCAACAGAGACCAGUCAGUACGCGAGGGUGAGACAGUUACUCUACAAUGCCAGAUCACAGGAACUCCACAACCGCAGGUCACCUGGGAAAAGCAGGGUGGCUCUCUCCCCUCCAACUCAGACAUCAGGAACGAUGUACUCACUAUAUACAACGUGCGAAGUGAGGAUACCGGCCGCUACAUCUGUAAUGCCAGAAGUACAGCUGGAAUAGCCAGAGACUUCAUCAUGGUCACCGUUCUAUCAGGUGGUGGUGGUGGUGGCUCCAUUCAGUAUGACACACAGACUGUUAGUAUAGGAGAAAAAGUGGAGAUGGAAUGUGUCACAACAGGAUCCCCUCAGCCAAUUGUCACUUGGUCCAGAUUGGAUGGUCAGCUUCCACCAUCUGCCAUUGUUAGUGAUGCCUUCCUUGUCAUUCAGUCCAUUCGUCAGGAGGACGCAGGAACCUACGUCUGCACUGUACAGAAUAUUGUAGGAAAGGUGGAAAAAAGAGUGACAUUAUUCGUCAGAGCCAAACCCAUCAUUACUGGGGGAACUGAAUCCCUGACAGCAGCGCUAGGGUCCAGCGCCUCCAUGUCAUGUGAAGCUGUGGGAUACCCCCAGCCAGAGAUCAGCUGGUACAAACGGGACGGAAAAAUGCCAAGAGGUUACUCAGUCGAUGCUGGUGCUUUGAAAAUAGACAGAUUAAGACCAGAAGAUGCAGGCACAUACAUUUGUAAUGCACAAAAUGAUGUGGGGAAAAAUGAACAUACAACAAAUCUGUUAGUAGGGGAUUUAGUUCCAUACUUCGACCAGGAACCAGUGUCUUAUAUCAGCUAUCCUCCCAUAGAAGAUCAUCACAUCAACUUUGAGAUUUUACUCUCACUCAGACCAGAAACCACAGAUGGUAUGGUGUUAUAUAAUGGUCAGUAUGAUAGUGCCAGAGGUGACUAUGUAUGUUUUGGAAUGAGAGGAGGAUACCCAGAGUUUGCAUUUGAUGUUGGUUCUGGACCAGCUCUUAUUCAGGGCAAUCGAACCCUCUCUUUGAACAAGUGGAACUCCAUCAAACUCAAGAGACAGAAUUCUGUGGGAAGUAUGGAGGUAAAUGAUGAACCAGUGUACACAGGUUCUUCUCUUGGACAGUUUAGUGGUCUGGAUCUUGGUCAGAACAUGUAUUUGGGUAAUGUGCCAGAUGUCAGCAAUAUACCAGAGCCAGCUAGAUAUCCAUCUGGAUUUGUUGGUGCUGUAAGUCAAGUGAUAAUAAAUGGCAAGGACUUGAACCUUGGGGCUGAUGCUGUUGAGUUGAAGGGGAUUGAACCAUACAACGCUUGUAAAGACAGACCCUGUCUGAACCGUGGCAGAUGCUUCCCAGCCAAUUCUAAGUAUGGUUACAAGUGUGAAUGUCCAACUGGGUUCUCUGGAACUCGAUGUGAGACCACUGGAAAAGGCUGCUAUCCAGGUAUUUGUGGACCUGGUGGGAGAUGUAGAAACUUAACUGGAGACCAUCAGUGUAUCUGUCCAAUGGGAAGGAUUGGUGCGCGAUGUGCACAAGCCGUACAGGUCAUCUACCCACAAUUCAAUGGCUCUUCCUUUUCAUCGUACAAUCCUAUCAGAAAUGCCCGCUUCCAGAUGAAGAUAGAAUUGGAGAUUAAACCUCAAUCUUUGGAUGAUGGUCUUGUAUUGUACAGUGGACAGAAUGAAGAUGGAUCUGGGGACUAUGUGGUUAUCUUGAUGAAGGACAACUACCUGGAGUUCAGAUACAAUACAGGAUCAGGUCCAGCACUGAUGAAGAGCAAGAAGAAACUGAUAUCUAAUGAAUGGGUUAGAAUCACUGCCACAAAAUCUGGACAGGAGGGAAGUCUGGUUAUUAACAAUGAGGAUCCAGUCAAAGUUUGGCCGUGGAGUUACCACAACAAUUUGCGCAACAACUACUACCACUAUUAUUUGCGUAGACGAUAUCGGUACAAGCGAGGAACAUCUCCUGGCACCUACAUCGGUUUGGAUCUGCGUACCAAGUUAUAUUUAGGAGGCAUGGACCCAGACAAGAAAGUUCCAGAUGAUGUAGAAGUGAAGGAGGGUUUCUAUGGUUGUAUAGCCGAGUUAAAAAUAAACAUGCAGUCCACUGACCUGACCAGAGAUGCUAGGGAGACUCUUGACGUCCGGGAUUGUGGAGAAACCGACAUCUGUAAUAGAUAUCCAUGUAGAAAUGGGGGCACCUGUCAGGGUGGAACGGCAGUCGGUUAUUCGUGUUUAUGUCCAGCUAGUUACACAGGCAAAAACUGUGAGGUGGAAAUCAAUCUAUGUCUGACACAGCGGCCAUGUCGGAACAAUGGAGCCUGCAGUGUUACAAACACUGGCUACAGGUGUGACUGUCCACUGGGAUUCAUGGGGAAAAACUGUGAAGCAGUUGUCCAACUAGGAGAAAACAUUGAGGUUAACUUUGAUGGAUUUGUGGAAUUCAACAAGUCAUUCCUUUCGGCAACAUCCCAAGAAGAAGAAGUCAUUAAAUUUACCCUCAAAACAACUGAGAAGAAUGGCCUAGUGCUGUGGAAGGGGCAGACUAUGCCACUUCAGAGGUCCAGCAGUGUAGAUUACUUGUCCAUUGGAUUAGAGGAUGGUUAUGUUUUAUACAGCUAUGACUUGGGAAGUGGUCCAUCAAGAAUAAAAUCACCAAUCACAAUUGAUGAUGGAUAUGCACAUAUCAUUCAAGUGACAAGGUUAGGUCGGCAGGGAAGCCUGAUCAUUGACAACAAUCUUUCUUACUCAACCUCUGGUCAGUCCCAAGGACCACUCCAAAGCCUGAACACAGCAGGAAAUGUUUUCAUAGGUGGUGUAUCUUUGGUUUCCACUAUUACCAAGCAGAAGUACAUGGAGAACUACAGUGGCUGUAUAUCUGACAUAUACUUACAAGAUAAGGGGCCAUUGCGUAUCCCUGAAGAUGCUAUAGGAGGUUUCAAUGUACGACCUUGCUUAAACAAGAAAUAAACAUAUAGUGCCUUUAAACUGUACCAUAGACAUGUUUGUACAAAAUGACACAAACUGUACUGUUGUUAGAGGUUAUUUCCAUGAUCUAUGCAUAAUAUGUAGGCACUGAAAUAUUCAGAGACCUUACAUAUGCACAUACCUUAGCAAGGCAUUGUUGUACAAUUCAUUCAAAAUUCUUCAAAGGUUUUAUGUAUAUUAGCAAUUUUAAAAGUGUAUAGAAGAUAUCUGUGUGUUCUGUCUAUGGAUUGCUUGUAGGUUUUAUUUUAAUUGAUAUUUCUGUACCCGGUUCUAGUAUUUACAAUGUACCCCCAUUUUUAACAAUUUAGUAUAUAUUAAAGGUGCUUUUUAUAAAUAAUACUUAUGUCCAUGUAUAAAGAAGAUAUGAUGUGAGAGAGGCUUCAAUUCAAUAGCUGCCAGAUUGAAUGUUGUUGUGUACUUCUAGGAAUUUGUACUCAGAUUAAUGUAUGUGUAGUCUAGCUAGCUUAGUUCUGAUACAUGACGUAAUUUUCCAUUUAUAUGUGAGUGAAUUAAGUAUUCUUUUCAAUACUCUACAAUCUGUAGGAGCCUUCCAAUGGCCAGGAUGAGAGGGUAACUGUUACAAAAUAUUUCUUUGUUUGUAAUGGUGUCAAGCUCUAAAACAAGUCCAGUUUAUUCAGGUUAUACCAAAGAUGUUCUGUUUUCUAAUAAAGUCGUGAAUACUCGUAACAGCUGGUGCUAUGAGAAAAAUCAACAAUAUUGUGAUACCAAACCACAAAUCCAAUUUCUGUUUUGUUACUGUAGAUAUGAUUUUUUCAUUUUUGUCAAGACUGCAUUUUCCCCCAUGUUUUUAUUCAUAAUUUUUAGAUGCUAUUUUUAUUUUCUAUCAUCUUACUUUAUACCUAUAUAUUGAAUUCUUGUUUUGAUAGUGCAUACUUUUAUUAUCUCCAUUUCUUGUUGAGAGACAUUUUUAAUGAACUUCCAUUUUAUACAUCAGUUCAGUACGACAAGUUUUUAUGAUAUGCAUUUGGGUCGAUCACUUAUGAAAUUGUUUAAGAUCUAAAAAUGCUUUUGUGCAAAUUUCAAAAUUUUAUAUUAAAAUACUCUACAGCUUAA